GCGAAAAAUACACCGGGAAAAGGAGACCGGCUGGUUGGCUUUGGUUGGUUGGUCGCACUCUCUCCUCUCCAUCCAUCACCACCACCUUAUCAUCUUCCCCAUCAUCGUCAUCCUCUCCACCACCGUCUGCGUGAGCACAGUGCCAACGCCGGCGUCGUCUCCACUGCCGCCGUCGCUCGACAUGGCCACCACUCAAGAGGAGCAGAAGACGAGCGUCGUCGAGGCCGUGGAGCAGCCUUCCCCCGUGGCGGCGGCGGCGCCGGCGGAGGAGAAGACACGCGUUAAGGCCGUGGAGGAGCCUUCCCCGGCGGCUGCGGCGCCGGCGGAGGAGAAGACAAGCGUUAAGGCCGUGGAGGAGCCUUCCCCGGCGGCUGCGGCGCCGGCAGAGGAGAAAACAAGCGUUAAGGCCGAGGAGGAGCCUUCCCCGGCGGCUGCGGCGGCGGAGGGGCAGCGGCGGCCGCCUGCGGCUACGGCGGCGCGCCGGGCGGGUGCUCCGGCCAGCCCCUUCGACUUCUCCACCAUGAUGAACUUGCUCAACGACCCGAGCAUCAAGGAGAUGGCGGAGCAGAUCGCCAAGGACCCGUCAUUCAGCGAGAUGGCGGAGCAGCUGCAGAAGACGGUGGCGCCGGCGCCGGCGGCGUCGGCGUCCGCGCGGUCGCCGCAGGAGGUGGCGGCGGCGCUGGACCCGCAGAAGUACGUGUCGACGAUGCAGCAGCUGAUGCAGAACCCGCAGUUCGUGGCCAUGGCGGAGCGGCUGGGCAGCGCGCUGAUGCAGGACCCGGCCAUGUCCUCCGUCCUGGGCGGCCUCACCAACCCCGCCCAGAAGGAGCAGCUCGAGGCCCGCGUCGCCCGCAUGAAGGACGACCCCUCCCUCAAGCCCAUCCUCGACGAGAUCGAGUCCGGCGGCCCCGCCGCCAUGAUGAAGUACUGGAACGACCCGGAGGCGCUGCAGAAGUUCGGCCGCGCAAUGGGGGUGGGUCCAUCCGGCGCCGCCGCCGGAGCUGAAGCCGAGGCAGAGGAGGAGGAGGAGGUUGUUGCCGGCGAGGAAGGUGAGUACGAGGAGGAGUCUAUCAUCCACCAGACGGCGAGCGUGGGCGACGUGGAGGGGCUGAAGAAGGCGCUGGCCGACGGCGUGGACAAGGACGAGGAGGACUCGGAGGGGCGGCGGGGGCUGCACUUCGCGUGCGGCUACGGCGAGCUCGGGUGCGCGCAGGCGCUGCUGGAGGCCGGCGCCGCCGCGGACGCCGUGGACAAGAACAAGAACACCGCGCUCCACUACGCCGCCGGCUACGGCCGCAAGGAGUGCGUGGCGCUGCUCGUCGACCACGGCGCCUCCGUGACGCUGCAGAACCUGGACGGGAAGACGGCCAUCGACGUGGCGAGGCUCAACAGCCAGGAGGAGGUGCUCAAGCUGCUGGAGAAGCACGCCUACGUCUAGACGCCGUCGCCUCUCUGCAUACGCCAUGCCAUCAUCAGUCGAUCUUGCCUUCAGUUUGCUUAAUUUUAUUAUUAUUUCAGAUUAUGCUUAUUACAAUAUUUUCCAUGGAAGAAAAAAAGGGUCUCUCUUCGGCUGUAAUUCAUAUUUCAUCCAUCUGUAUCUAUUGAGUGUGGGUAGAAUUUAUCUGGUUUCUGGAUUAUUUAUUAUCGAUUUUGCAUUUUGCUGGUCGUUUCAAAGUUUUGCUUCGUGAAUAAAGAAAUAAAAUUCAUGUUUCAUAGUUUA